AUGAUCCUCUACCUCGCUGGAGUAAUCCAAGCCGCACCUACCAAUGCAACUACUACCAGUGAGGAUUUUGAAGCACCGUCAUUCACGAAUAGAAGCCUAUGGAACAUCGUCUCCGGCUCCGUUCUCACUCUUUUCGCAUGUAUAUAUAGUGCCAUCCAUCCGAAUAUUCCGAGUCCUAAGGACAGCCCAUUUUGUAUCCUACGGCGGCGACUUGGCAUCAUGAUAGUGGCACUAAUUGCUCCUGAACUGGUCGUCGUAUGGGCUAUGCGCCAGUGGAUUAGCGCUCGUCACGUCACCAAAGACUUCAAAGAAUCAGGGUAUUUCAAUGUUCCUCAGUCGCAGGAGCAGUCAGAAAAUUACGCGUGGACUCAGACGCACAGCUUCUUUGUGCUGAUGGGCGGUUUCAUGCUUUAUGUGAAAGGGAAACCCUACCGUACACUACUGCCUGACGAGGUUCUCAAACUGAUGCGUAAUGGGUGUAUUGAUGCCCCUACCCUAACGGCAAAGCAGAUCUGCGACCGGAGCAAAGGCAAUGUGAUAUCGAAAGGAUUGAUCAUACUUCAGGUGGCCUGGUUCAUUCUGCAGCUCAUGUCUCGCGCCAUCUAUCACCUCGAAACCACCCAGCUGGAAACAGGGACGCUCGCUUUUGCGGUUCUCAAUUUCCUGACCUAUGCGCUAUGGUGGAAUAAGCCUCUCGAUGUUCAGUGUCCAUAUCCGGUGUACUGGAAGUCGACUGAGUCAAAGCCGGAGGAUUACAUUCAUGACGUCAUUGAAAGUCAACGUACUUGGCUGCAGGGGAUCAUUUUUGCAGCCUUUGGUCCAUUUUUGGAACUGACGAGCAUAGACGUUCCCACGCCUAAGCUCCGAGUUCCUACAUUUGAUGGCAGCAUCGAACUGGACUCGGACAACUGGAUUCUCAUAUCUGCCGGAAUUCUGAUUGCGACUAUCUUUGGCGGCAUCCAUUGUAUGGCUUGGUUUUUUACCUUUCCUACACAUGAGGAACAGGUCCUGUGGCGUAUCAGUGCCGUCGCUAUAACUUGCACACCCUCCCUUCAAUUUCUUUGGUAUGUAAUGUAUGAUGUCAUAGGUGACACUCUGUCUAUAGUUAUCGUUGCUAUGAGUAUAUCUGGCCUGUUGUACAUUGCAUCUCGUGGUAUGCUCUUAGUACUUAUGUUCACGACAUUACGCCAUCUUCCUCUUGACGCAUACACGACAGUGUCGUGGAUUAGUUUGGUGCCGCACUUGUAGUUUGCUUA